AUAAAAAUAAAAUCAGGUGUGUGAGUGACUGAGUGAACUUGCUUGUGUGUGUGCUAUAUGUAUUUCUAUCUCGGACUACUUUGUACAAAUUACAAUUGUGUAUUUUUAUACAAAUUUGAUCAUUUACGAUCGUCGCAUUUCAGUCAUAAUGGCUCUCUGUGUUUGUAAAUGCUUAAAUGUUACAUUAGGAAGUGAUAAAAUAGAAGAUAAUGUAGAUAUAAAGAAAUUGGAGUUAUCACCUAUGGAACAAAGGGAUAUUUUUUUCAGUGAGAAAUUGCUUUCAACGCCAUUGAAUUCUCUGAAGAGUCAAGUGGUGCAACCAGCUCUGGUGUGCCAGCGCGGCGUGGGCCGUUGGACGCUGCACUCCUGCCUGGCUUGCGGGCAGAUCACGCACGCCGUCUCACAGGACAGGCCUAGUACUGUUCUCAUUCCUAAAGCUACACAAAUUGUUUCCUUACAGACCACACAAGAGAAAAUAAAUGAUCUAAAGAAGACAAGCAAUUUCUCUCCAGUUUUUAACUUACUUGUGCCAGAAGUAACUAGCUUAGAGAUGAAAGAGAAUGUGGACACAAACAAUAUAGUUAGUGAUAAGAAAGGUUGGCAGCCGGCGCAGCAGGCCAUAGGCACGCUGAGCAAGCAGCUCUCGCGGACCCUGCAGUCGCAGCUCGAAGCCAUUGAGGAAACUGUAAGGCAGUUCCGAGACCAAAAGUAUGCCGAGUUUGAAGCAUACAAAGACAGAGCACAAAGGGAUCACAAGAUAUUAGCUAGUAUUGUAAGCAAAACCCGAGACAGCCUGAAUGGGGACGGCUUCCGGGUGGACACCUCCCUUGACAAUGGACCCCCUUCACCGCAGCUACCUCCACUUCAGAGACGAAGACUGUCUUCAUUUAAAGAUGCCAAAAAAACGUCACACAAUAUUGUUAAGCACAACAGGGACCUUCCCCCAGAAGAAGAUUCGCUGGACGCAGAAGAUAUCUUCGACUUGGAAGGGAUGGACUCGCACAAUCAUAUGAUCUCAGACCAGGACGACUACGACGAUUCUGAUGUGGACGUGAGCAACGACGAAGGCAUCCAAAUAGGUCGCGGGCGCGGCGGCGCCAACCUCGACCUGGCGCGCUCGCUGCCCAUCAACAUGCCCGUGUUCCCCGCCGAGCGCGCGCCCCGGGAGCCCGACAACGACGAGGAGCCGCACGACAUCGCAGCGAGCAUCAAGGCGCUGGCGCGCUCCGUGCACGGCGACGUGUUCGAGCUGCCGCGCCCGCGCUUCAGCACGCAGAUCUAACACACACACACACACGCGCGCCGCUACUAGUGACACCCGGGCUGCAGCCGACGGCCAACCUCUGAAGCCUAUCGCGGCAGGGCCGCUUGUAUGUACGUAGAGCUGUUUAUAAAUUAAGGGUCGAUUUAGACGGUAUGAGAUCUCGCAUGCGAUUCUUUACAAUGAGUCAUAUGAUCGGCCGGAUAAAAUAGCCCGCAAUGUAUCUAAAGUCACAUACGAGUUUACGUGUUGUUUGAAUCGCCCGUAAUGGAAACGACUGAUGCCCCCGUCUACGUUAUAUUCCAGCCACCGUACGAAAGUUUCUAAUAUAGGCAGUGAUUUAUUUUGAUCCAUAUAUACAUAUAUUGGUAUGAUUUCUACAAGACAAACAAGACUAACUAUCUGUGGCAGGGCUUUAACCACACAAAAAAAAUAUAUAAGAAGAAUAGCUCAGUGUAGCUUAGCUUACUAUAGCGAAGUUGUCCUCCAUAACAAAUCUACGAACUACUUUUAUAUCUAAGUACACCUACAGUUUGCGCCUAUAAUUUUGUCAAUUAAACAUUUGUGUAUCAUAUUGGUACCAUUGGUGUAUAAGCUGCAGUUCAUUUUCGGGUGUUUUAUAAGGAGUUUUCUAUACAAUAAUACGGUACUGCAGAAAUAUUUGAGUAAGUAUGAAAAGUAACGUAGUAGAUAAGUAAUGUUGUGAUCGCGAAAGCAGUUACACGUGGUAAGUCCAGAUUUAUGAAUUAUGCCGCAAAAUCAAACAAUUUCAGUGAAUAGUGUAGCUUAUUGUUAUUGCUAACGCGCAUGGUAUAUGCGUAGCGUAGGUAUACAAGAGGCUAUAUUUAAGACAAUGUAAUCAUUUUGUUGUAUGAGCCGGACGAUAGGAUAAGCUGAGGGAUUAAUGGAGAGCAUAGUGUUAAUUAAAUGUU